GGGGCAGAACGGACGGGGUCUGGAGGACGGGUCCGGCUGGAUUCAGACUCCUGCACCGGCUGCGCGGCGGAGAGACAGGGAGAGGGAGCGGGGAGGUUGCCGUGUGUGCGCGCGUGUGUGCGCGUGUGUGCGCGUGUCUACAGGUAGCAGCGGCAGCAGCGGCAGCGGCGGCGGCGGGGACCCGAGCAGGGGACGCGUCUGCUGCCACCUCCCCGCCCAUGAUUUUCGGAGGCGAUUGCUCACUUAGCAGACGGAUCUCUAGCCCCGGGAGCUCUCCUCGUCCUCUCCAUUUCCACGCUUCUCGGGCGUCUUCCAGUUUCAAGCGUGUGUUUGGGGUAUUUUAUUUUAUUAAAAAAAAUUUUUUUUGGUAAUCUCUCCCUGUAAAUCUUCUCGGGAAUUCUGCAUCUUGAAGCAGGUGGCUCCUGGAAACGAAAUCUUUGGAUCCGUUUGGCUUGCCAAGUUUUGCUCUUCCCCGUCUCCUCCCGCUCUCACAGGCAUCUGUGGUGCUCUUUCUGGAUUUACAUGCAGAAAACGUAUAUAUGUUUAUAUAUCGACCGCACAAUAUCUAGAUACGUCCCCGCGUGUCCCAGCGCCUGGUUGUCGUCUCGGUCCGCGACCAAGCGGGAUGUUUUGGAGCCGAUGGAUCACGAGCACAGGACUAACAUUCUUCUGAGCCUGGCUGUUCCAAAGGGGAGGGAGCGUGAAGAAUUGUUUAACAUUCGGCCAUCGUUUGGCUGCACACUAAGCACCACGAAGUAUUUAUGGUUGCAGAUCAGGUGCAAACGGGGCUUAGAGAGAAAGGAUAUAGACCUGCAGCUAACUGGAUUUGAUUUAUAAGAGGGAAGUCUACAGUCAAUGGCCUCUCUUGCCGCAUUGCUACUCUGGGAAACAGAAUGGUCAAUAGGAUGCGGUCUGGUAAAUAGUGAUGAUUGAAGAUGUUUCUUCGAUACAAGUGAAAUCAGUGGGAAAUACUUGCUGCAUAAAGAUCUUUCUGAGCUUUUCUGAACAAGCUCACCUUUGAGCAAUUGGAAGCAUAUUCUGCCAUUAUACACUCUUUCUGAAGUGGAUAUAAAUACAUCUGCCUCACUGAAACCAGGCAACUAAUGUGGGACCAUGGCACCAGCCAGGUGCACACGGCUCAGUUAUGUUUGGAGAGCAGUGAUGUCCUGCUUGGUGCACAGGGGAGUGGGUGCCUCAUUGACUCUCUUUAUGUUGGGAUGUUUGCUUCAGGCUGCCCAUGUGCUCUCACAAAAAUUGGAUGAUAUGGACCCACUGGUGACUACCAACUUCGGCAAGAUAAGAGGGAUUAAGAAAGAACUGAAUAAUGAAAUUUUGGGGCCUGUUAUUCAGUUUCUCGGGGUUCCAUAUGCAGCUCCCCCAACAGGAGAACAUCGUUUUCAGCCUCCAGAACCACCAUCGCCCUGGUCAGACAUCAGGAAUGCCACUCAGUUUGCUCCUGUGUGUCCCCAGAAUAUCAUUGAUGGAAGACUGCCAGAAGUCAUGCUUCCUGUGUGGUUUACUAACAACCUGGAUGUGGUUUCAUCGUAUGUGCAAGAUCAGAGUGAAGACUGCCUGUAUUUAAACAUUUAUGUCCCAACUGAGGAUGUAAAAAGAAUAUCCAAGGAAUGUGCCAGAAAACCCGGCAAGAAAAUAUGUAGAAAAGGAGGUCCCCUUACAAAGAAACAGACAGAUGAUUUAGGUGAUAAUGACGGUGCUGAAGAUGAAGAUAUUCGGGACAGUGGGGGUCCCAAACCAGUGAUGGUAUACAUCCAUGGUGGAUCCUAUAUGGAAGGUACUGGAAAUUUAUACGAUGGCAGUGUCUUGGCAAGUUAUGGCAACGUGAUCGUCAUCACCGUGAACUAUCGACUUGGAGUACUUGGUUUCUUGAGUACAGGGGAUCAGGCUGCCAAGGGAAACUAUGGACUUCUUGAUCUCAUCCAGGCUUUACGAUGGACUAGUGAAAACAUUGGAUUCUUUGGUGGUGACCCCUUAAGAAUCACUGUUUUUGGAUCUGGCGCUGGGGGUUCAUGUGUCAAUCUGCUGACUUUAUCCCAUUAUUCUGAAGGUAACCGUUGGAGCAAUUCAACCAAAGGACUUUUCCAACGAGCAAUAGCUCAAAGUGGAACAGCCCUUUCCAGCUGGGCUGUCAGUUUUCAACCUGCAAAGUAUGCUAGAAUGUUGGCCACAAAAGUUGGAUGCAAUGUUUCAGAUACAGUAGAGUUAGUGGAAUGCCUCCAGAAGAAGCCUUACAAAGAACUUGUUGACCAAGAUAUCCAACCAGCUCGAUACCACAUAGCCUUUGGACCUGUGAUUGAUGGUGAUGUAAUUCCAGAUGACCCUCAGAUAUUGAUGGAGCAAGGAGAGUUCCUCAACUAUGAUAUAAUGCUAGGAGUUAACCAAGGGGAAGGGUUAAAAUUUGUGGAGAAUAUAGUAGAUAGUGAUGAUGGUAUAUCAGCUAGCGAUUUUGACUUUGCUGUUUCCAAUUUUGUUGAUAACUUAUAUGGAUAUCCUGAAGGCAAAGAUGUUUUGAGAGAAACCAUUAAAUUCAUGUACACUGACUGGGCUGACCGUCAUAACCCCGAAACCAGAAGGAAGACACUAUUGGCUCUGUUUACAGACCAUCAGUGGGUGGCGCCAGCUGUAGCUACAGCAGAUCUUCACUCAAAUUUUGGUUCACCUACAUACUUCUAUGCCUUUUACCAUCACUGCCAAACAGAUCAGGUUCCUGCUUGGGCUGAUGCAGCCCAUGGAGAUGAGGUUCCCUAUGUACUGGGAAUUCCCAUGAUUGGCCCUACAGAGUUGUUUCCUUGCAAUUUCUCCAAAAAUGAUGUGAUGCUGAGUGCAGUCGUAAUGACAUACUGGACAAAUUUUGCUAAAACUGGUGACCCAAAUCAACCAGUUCCUCAAGACACAAAAUUCAUUCAUACCAAACCCAACCGCUUUGAAGAGGUAGCAUGGACCAGAUAUUCACAGAAGGAUCAACUUUAUCUCCAUAUUGGAUUAAAACCAAGAGUUAAAGAACAUUACAGAGCUAAUAAGGUAAACCUCUGGCUGGAGCUGGUACCCCAUCUACAUAAUCUCAAUGACAUUUCUCAGUAUACCUCGACAACAACUAAAGUGCCAUCAACAGACAUCACUUUCAGACCUACGAGAAAAAAUUCCAUACCUGUCACAUCAGCCUUUCCCACUGCCAAGCAGGAUGAUCCCAAACAGCAACCAAGUCCAUUUUCUGUGGAUCAAAGGGACUACUCAACAGAGCUGAGCGUCACAAUUGCAGUUGGAGCAUCACUGCUGUUCCUGAACAUCUUGGCUUUUGCAGCCCUGUACUACAAAAAGGAUAAGAGGAGACAUGACGUUCACAGGAGAUGCAGCCCUCAGCGCACUACUACCAACGAUCUGACCCACGCACAAGAAGAGGAGAUCAUGUCCCUCCAAAUGAAGCACACUGAUUUGGAUCAUGAAUGUGAGUCCAUCCAUCCACAUGAGGUGGUUCUUCGGACCGCCUGCCCCCCAGAUUACACACUAGCUAUGAGGCGGUCACCUGAUGAUGUUCCCUUAAUGACACCCAACACCAUCACAAUGAUUCCCAACACUAUACCAGGGAUUCAGCCCUUACACACAUUCAAUACAUUUACUGGAGGACAGAACAAUACUCUGCCUCAUCCCCAUCCCCACCCCCAUUCACAUUCAACAACCAGGGUAUAGCCAGAUAAGAGAAACAAACUAUUUUUUUUGAUGGAUUGCAGUAAAAGAUUACUGAAGAUUCCUUGGCUUUCAAGCUACAAGACUCUUACUAUUUAAAUAAGAAGGAAUAUUAUGUGAAUAUACAUAUCAAGAACUUUGGGGGUUUUGAAAAAAAAGAAUUGUAUAUAUAUAAAUAUAUAUACACAAAGCAACUUUAAAAACAAAUUUCAAUUGCUUGAAGCAAUUGUUCUGAAUGAUACUUUUUCAUUCACAUUCAAGAAUUAAUUUUUUGAAGAUUUAAGUUACAUAAUGGAAUUAGGCAUGUGGAACACCAAACAGGAAAGAACUAUGUCUGAAAUAUAAAAAAUAAAAAUAAAAAACAACUAUGAAUAUGCACAAGGGACACACCAAUGGAAUGUCAGAUAAUUUUCACCAGUUUUUAUUUGGAGCCGUUUUAUUGUGUAGACCAUAUUUACAUAUUUGGAUAAGUACACAAAGCACCAAUGCUGUUAAUGGCCUUAGCAGAGGCUCAUGCUGAAAUUUGCCAGUAAAACAAACAAGUUUUAAAGACUGGCAGGUACAACAUUAUCACAUAAGUGCUGUCAGUAUAAAGUUGUGGGGAUAAAGGAAACUGGAUAUUUUUAGCACGAUGUGCAUGAUAAUUUAUAUGCUUGGUGGCUGUGCUGCUGAUUAAGCCGUAAUUAAAAUUCCUCUCAUCCCAUUGGAGUUUUUAAUAGAAGCUUCCUCUAUCAAUUGGCAGAACCUAAAGAAGAUUUUAAGGGGCAAAAGUAAUUACAAUAAAGUAAUCCACAGUAGUUUAAAUAAUAGAAGGAAUUAGUUAUUAAAGGUAUUUGAAGAAACUAUAGGUAUAGUGGUGAAUACUCGCGGAUAUGAAUCCCAGAAAAAAAUUCUUGUGUUUUUAAUGUUCUUUUCAUUCCCAUCUAAAUAACUUAGAGAAAUAGACCCUAAUUGGACAUGUGUUACAGGAUCUAUAAUUUGCUGUGGUUUUUGUUACUCUGUAUUUUGUUCUUUUUGGUAAGGUGAAGUGUGUCCAAAGAGUUACUUGAACAGUCUUUUAUGAUAUGAGGAUGCCCCAGUAUCACCAUUCUGAUCACAGUUCUCAGUUAAUUUACUCAUGUUGCAUGACAAGAUGUUUACUAAUAGUAAUUCAAUAUAAAGUUAUGUCCCUCUUCACAUCACUUGUCUUUCUCACAGAGGUCCUUUCACUACAAUUUACUCACGCAAUCUCGGUAGAGUACGACUUAGAUACAGAACCUAGGAGAGUCAACACCUGGAGGAUGUUAGUUUUCCACAUAUGUGUGAUUUUAAAUGAAUGUUUCGAGACUGCAGGAAACUUUUCAUCCCCCUGUUUACCAGUAACAGUAUAUCACAGACCUUUCCAAAUGUUUGUAUAUGUAAUCAGAUGUACAUUUAUAUUAAAAAAAUGAGAUGGACUUAAAGAGCACAUCCUGAUAAAUACUUUCUCUCUUACGUGUACUAUAUUUCUAUUAGACUAAAGUUAUGUGAUUUUUUUUUACAUUUUUUCAGAUGACUAGCAAUUUUGAUAGUUUGUAAGAUAAUGCAAAGAACUUUCUCUGACAAACUAACUGCAGUAACAGAAACCUUUCUUUUCAGUUACUCUUUUUCAAGAAUGAAAGCUUAUUAUACAAAAGAAAAACAAUUGUAUACUACUUGAUGGAAACAACUUUGUACAUCUUGGCCAUGUCACUGGUCAUUGCGUGAAAUAAAGAUAAUCUGGAUAAUGGCUAUUAGUCCAAUGCUAAGAGACAUGAUCUUUGCUCAUUAAAGAGCUAAAAUGUUUAUUGCUGUUUUGUCUUUUUUUUUAAAAAAAAAAAAAAAAAACAACAAAAGAAA